AUGAAAGACUAUGGAAGCACCGGAAACGCCGUUCUACAAGAACAAGAGCACAGUAAGAGAAGGGUUACAGGUCAUCCCUCAAAAGAUUCAACAACAUUUGGAUCACCUUUUCAGAAAGUUCAAUUUGCUGGUGUUGGAAUUCUACUAGCCCUUGCAUGCCCGCUUUUUUACUCCACCCAAACUAUGUUUUUCAAACUCAUUCCGAAUCUCACCAAAGAAACUAUUUUAAUCUACCGUGGAAUUUACAUGACUGCUUUCAGUUGCCCUUUUAUCAUUCACGAUAAACAGUCAUUUUUUCUGAAAAGUCCCAUUCAAUAUUUCAUGGUAGUUGUUAGAGGGUUUGGUGGAACUGGAGCGGCAGUGUUAAUGUACAACUCGCUGAAUUUUCUGCCGCUGGGUGACGCCACCGUCCUAAUGAUGACAGAAACUAUUUUUACAACGCUGCUUGCCUUUAUAAUUCUUCGAGAAAAGGUGGUCUUUAUGGAUAUAUUAGCCAUUAUGAUAGCCAUGACAGGAAUUAUCUUGAUUGCUCGUCCACCGUUUAUAUUUAGCAGCCUAGGAGAGGAUCUGGACCCCAAAGCUCAACUUACUGGCACUUUAUUGGCUCUUGGUAGUGCUGUAUACGAUUUCUUACACAGUGAUCCUUUUAACUCGUUACUGAAAACACUUUCUGGUUUGAACGAAAAGAAUGUUUCAGGAUGGAAUCCGGAACGUUGUUACGAAUCUGUUUGUGAGUGA